CAUAACAACAAACAGCGUAGAACACGCUCCUACAAAGAGACGUCCCCCUUUGGAUCAUACAGUCACACAGCAUCGACACGAGAGAAAAUAGGAAGAAAGUACAGGAAAAUGUCAAGACAUCAUAUUUUCUGCUGAGCUCUUGCUUUGAAAACAGAGCGGGACCCCAAGAAAACACAUAAAGAGAGACGAGGAGAAGCAUGGACCGACCAGCAGUUGAAAUCUUUCACUACAAAGACAAAGAGCAAUCCUCCAGCCUGCUCCUUCAACUCAACAGACUAAGACAGGAGAAUGUCCUGACUGAUGUGUUACUGUGUUCAGAUAACAAAGAGUUGCCAUGCCAUCGCAAUGUCCUGGUGUCCAGCAGCCCCUACUUCAGAGCUAUGUUCUGCCACAACUUCAUGGAGAGGCAGCAGACCAAGAUAAACUUGAAGGGCAUCACGUCAGCCAUUCUUAGCAGUAUCAUCGACUAUGUUUACACUGGACUUGUUAAUAUCAGCAUAGAUAUUGUGCUGCCUCUGAUGCAGGCGGCUUCCAUGUUGCAAUAUGGCCGCCUUUUUGAGGCCUGCUCAAGCUUUCUCCAGCUGCAGCUGAGCCCAGACAACUGUCUGAGCAUGAUAAGACUCUCUGAGAUCAUGAGUUGUAACAGUUUGAGAGACAAGGCAAAGGAGAUGGCUAUGAAGAGUUUCUCUGAUGUGUCUACAUCUGAGGAUCUGUGUGAGCUCUCCUUACCAGAGCUCAUGGGAUACCUGGAGGAUGAUGGUCUUUGCGCAGAGGAGGAGCAGGUCUUUGAGACACUUGUUGCUUGGAUCCACCAUGAUCCUUUAUCCAGGCGUGGUACCAUCAGUGACCUUUUCAAGAAAGUUCGCCUUCGCUACGUCCAUCCCACCUACCUCUUCCAAUUCAUAGCCAAUGACCCUCUGAUCCAGUCCUCCACCCUCUGCACUGAGCUCAUUGAUUCUGUGAGACGCCUCAUGUUUUCGGUCAGCACAAAAUGCUUUGGCGACAUGGCUGUCGACUUCAAACCUGUCUGGGUUGCACCGAGGCGUUACACCUACCAUGACAAGUUGGUGGUGGUAGGAGGGAGAAAGAACAAUGAGCGGACAUCAAGGGAAGCAUUAGUCUUUGAUGAGAUGAGCCAGAAAUGGCAAUCGCUCGCCAAGCUGCCUGUACGUCUGUACAAAGCCUCCUAUGUCGCCCUCCACAGUGUGCUGUAUGUCAUCGGAGGGCUGACCACAAACACAAAGUACAGCCAAGUCAGUACAAGCGUCUACACCCUCUCCCUCAAGACCAACCAGUGGCGGACAGCAGAGCCCAUGCUGAAGCCACGCUUUGCCCACCAGAGUGUCUCCUACCUCCAUUUCAUCUUCGUUCUGGGUGGCCUCGGGCCUGACACACGACUGACAGACAGCGUGGAGAGGUACAACAGUAUGUUCAACCAAUGGGAGUCAAUGGCACCCAUGCCCGAGGCUGUGCUGCACCCUGCAGUGGCUGCAACUAACCAGAGGAUCUAUAUGUUUGGAGGAGAAGAUGCGAUGCAGAGCCCAGUCCGACUAAUACAGGUGUAUCACAUUGCCAGGAACAUGUGGUCUAAGAUGGAGAACAGAACAGUGAAGAAUGUGUCUGCUCCAGCUGCUGUUAUGGAUGAAAAAAUAUACAUUAUUGGAGGAUACACUAGAAGAAUGAUCGCAUAUGACACCAAGGCCAACCGAUUCAUCAAGUGUGCCAACCUGAAGGAGAGGAGGAUGCACCACUCUGCCACAGUGCUCAAUAACACACUGUACAUCACCGGCGGACGUUAUGUCAACGGCCAUGACAUCAUUGAGGACUCUGACAAUUUCGAGCGCUAUGACCCAAAGACAGACACAUGGACGUCUAAGGGGACUCUGCCGUACAAACUGUUCGACCACGGCUCCCUGACUGUGACGUGUGUCUCACAGAUGUGGGCAAAAAAAUAGCUGAGAGAGCGAGGGCAGGAUUCGAUCUUUCAUGUAUUACAGGACUGAUUCAAAUUUUAAUGAUAAUCAUUUGAAACCAAUUUAUUUAAAAAUAUAAGACUGUCAUUUAAAAAGUAGUCAUGCAGAGAAAAAUGACUAAUUGCAGAUACAGUGAUUUCAUUUGCACUUUCAUGAGUGAUAGACUUGAAUACAUGAGGUAAAGCUCACCUCAAGUAAUUCAAACAUUCAUGUAUAUGAGAUAUUUUAGUCAUUUUUCUAAGUAAAAAUGUACUUUUCUAUGGUUCAUGUCUUUUCUACGUUUUUAUUUGAAACCCAAACCUAUGAAAACAAGUUUCCCUGCUGCAGAGCUCCUUCUUAACCUGUCUGACUUCACAAAGGGUGAAAGGGCUAUUUUGAGCCUGCUCUAAAUCGUGAGAUUUCACUUGUCAUGUUUAAAUCCUAGGGCUGUGUACUGUUUGGUGCAAGUUAAAGCUAUGCUCAGCUGUUAGGUCUGAACCUGCUGCUGCGUCUAGUUAACUUUCAAAUCAUUAUCUGUUUCGUCAAUGCAAGAUGAUGAUGAAAUUAUUGUGAUAGCCUUGUUAGCAAGUUAUUUUUUUAUGGUAAGGUAUGCUUUGGACCCAUCAUCAAAUGCAUGCAUGGGCAGGGCAACCUGCUGGGGGGCUUUGGGGCAAACAUUUGCUGUUGGCCCCCUGUUAACCCCCAAUGACAACCCUCUGUUAAUUGUAUAUGUACAAAUCAGUACCCCUGUUUUGAAGUAAUAUUCCCUGGUCCAAAGGUUUCUGUGCAUCAGUUAGUUUGUGGUAAUUUGACUUCAAAUAACUCAAAAUGAUAAAUACGUUUAAUUCCGAUCUUGAAUCAAAUUUUUUGACACAGGGUCCCUCUACAAGACAGGACAACCUGCCUUUAUUGAUUUUUAUUGUACUUUAGAGGUACAAAUUUGCAGGUAAUCCAAUUACUACCAGUGUGAGUUUCCCAUUUUGCUCACAUAACAACCAAACCUUGCUAGCAUGCUGUUAUACUAAGCAUAUUCCAGCAUCAUCAUCUAUAU